AUGGCUGCAGACCCCAAGCUUGUGCUCCCAGAGGCUCAGGAGACGACGGGUCAGCAGCGGAGCAAGAUUUGCCCUAAACCCUGGUGGUUGGUGCACAUUUACGGCCAGCAUGAGAAAAAAAUCGUGCAUGAGAGAAAAAUCAUGCGUGAGAAGAAAGCCGUGCACUACUGGUGCCAAGCUCCGAAUGCCCCCCCCACCUGCUUGCCCCCUUCUGGCUCCUUCCCCACCCCUCCUGCUGUCUUCACGGACGCUGCCAACAACCUCCGAUCCCCAAACCCAAAGGGUGUUUCCAGCGGUGACGUCCUCACACCCUCCGUGGCCGUGGACACUGGCCUCUCCUCCCCUCGGCACACUGUCCUCUUGACCCUCAGGGGCUCGACUGCCGUGGUGACCCCCCGCCCUCUGCUGCCCGUUCUUUCUCUGCUGUGCGGCUCUCAGAUCCAGGCUCCGGCUGGUGCCUUUCCUCCAGCGCUGCACCCGGUGCUCAGGAGCAGAGCCCAGAUUUACAGCUGGACAAAUGAUAGCGCAGGUGACCGCUCCCAGUCUCCUCUGCAGCUGGAUGUGGCCCUGGGACCAAGGAAGACCCAGCAGGUGCACAUUCGGCUGUGCCGCUCGGAGCACCUGCCGGCUCAGGUGUUCACUGACGGGAGCCGCCUGCCCCCGCGCGCAGCCCCACAGGCAUCGUGGCUCCGUUUCCAAGGAUGCUCCAGCUACCUUGCAGAGCGCAUCCGGCCGGCCCGGGUGCGGCGGCUCCCACCCCAGGGCACCUCUGGGCGGGUGGGCAGCAACAUUUCUGAGCCCCAGAUGCUCUUCUGGAACCUCGUCACAGCCCUUCAAGAGGCAGAGUCCCUGUCCCUCCCCAUGAGCCUCUCUGAGUGCCUUCGAGGACGCAGUGGCGCCUGCGCCCUGAGGCGAGGUGGCAGGACUGGCUUUGUUUCCGCGUGGCUCUCUUCUUACGGACAGCGCCUUGGGAGCCCGGUGCUCACGCCCCUGGCAACCACUUGUCUCUUCACUGUCUCCACAGGGCUGAACGUCAUAGUGUUGGAAUCAUACGGACCCGCCGGUCACCUUCGGAGGCUCCCUGGUGCGGCCCCCGUCCCCGCGCGGCCACCCUCGGCUAACCUGCCCGUGUUCUCUCCUUUCCGCUCACUCUUGUCCGGCGCGUCCGCAGAGCAGACGUACGGCGAGGUGAACCAGCUGGGCGGCGUGUUCGUCAACGGCCGCCCCCUGCCCAACGCCAUCCGCCUGCGCAUCGUGGAGCUGGCGCAGCUGGGCAUCCGACCCUGUGACAUCAGCCGGCAGCUUCGCGUGUCCCACGGCUGCGUGAGCAAGAUCCUGGCGCGCUACAACGAGACGGGCUCCAUUCUGCCCGGGGCCAUCGGGGGCAGCAAACCCCGCGUCACUACCCCCAACGUGGUCAAGCACAUCCGGGACUACAAGCAGGGCGACCCCGGCAUCUUUGCCUGGGAGAUCCGCGACCGGCUGCUGGCCGACGGCGUCUGCGACAAGUACAACGUGCCCUCCGUGAGCUCCAUCAGCCGCAUCCUGCGCAACAAGAUCGGCAGCCUGGCGCAGCCCGGGCCCUACGAGGCAAGCAAGCAGCCGCCGCCGCAGCCCGCGCUGCCCUACAACCACAUCUACCAGUACCCCUACCCCAGCCCCGUGUCCCCCACGGCCGCCAAGAUGGGCAGCCACCACGGGGUCCCGGGCACGGCCGGCCAAGUCAGCAUCCCCCGUUCCUGGCCCUCGGCUCACUCGGUCAGCAACAUCCUGGGCAUCCGGACGUUCAUGGAGCAAACAGGGGCCCUGGCGGGGAGCGAGGGCGCCGCCUACCCCCCGAAGAUGGAGGACUGGGCUGGCGUGAACCGCACGGCCUUCCCCGCCGGCCCGGCCGUGAACGGGCUCGAGAAGCCGGCCUUGGAGGCGGACAUUAAAUACACUCAGUCGGCCUCGGGCCUCUCCGCAGUGGGCGGCUUCCUCCCGGCCUGCGCCUACCCGGCUUCCAACCAGCACGGCGUGCCCUUCGCAAGCCCUUCACUGCUUUGGGAACGGCGAUCUGAGCGGCUGGCAGCCCCUCGGGCCGGUGCGCUGGCUGGGGUCUGGGAUGUCUGGGAUCUGAGCAUCACCCGGCCCAGGGUCGCCCGGCUCUGCAGCGCCUCCCUGCGCCUGGCGCCUCCUUUACUGGACGGCGAGGGGCUAAGAGCAUUGCGGGGGUGGGGUGGGGGCGGGGGUCUGCGGUGCGGAGAGUCUGCGGGACGGCCCUGCAAGGAGGGCCGCGGCCGAGGCUGGGCGGGUGAGUGGCGCCCGCAGGCCGGGGGAGGGUGGGCGCCCACGGGCGCGCGGGGCGCUGGGGAACGCGGCUCCUCCUUCCCGCCCCGAGUGUGGGAGCAGCCCGCGCUCUCGGGGCCCCGGGCCUGCCACUCGGCGCCGCGCCCGGCAGUGACCCGCUGCCCUGUGCUUCCUCCCGCAGUGGCCGACCGGAAGCCGCCCAGCCCCGGCAGCAAGGCCCCCGACGGCCUCGGGAGCUUACACGGACUGCCCAUCCCGGCCUCGACCUCCUAGGGCCGCGCGUCGCUGAGCCCGAGCCCGAGGGCGGCGGCGGGGCGGCGGGCGCGGCGGGGCGCAGACCCGGAGGACCCGCCGCCGAGGUGCCCGAGCCGUCAGCCCGGCCUCGCCCAGCCCGGCUCCCAGCCGCUGCGCAUCCUCUGUCGGCCGGGGUUUCGGCUUCUCUGAACUUUGGCUUCAGACUGUUGCAUCCUCGUCGCGACCUUUGCUCCGACGCGGCCUCGCCCUGCAGGCCGCCAGCAUCUCUUCCUUCUCCCUGGGCAGUUUCGCACCGCCCCUCCCUCGGUUUCCCUUCCCCUCUCUCCCUCUUUCCCGCUCCCCCUCCGCUUCCUUUCUUCCUCCCCGCCCGCCCUCCUUCCUACCCAUCCUUUCCUUCCCCACCUUCGCCCUCUGCAUUUUCCCCUCCUCUGUCUCCGCUCCUUCCCUCCCUCCGUCUCCCCAUCUACGUGGGCUCCCGCUCCUGUGGUCCAGCUCCGUCCACUCCCUUGUCUCCCUAGGCCUUUACAGUCAGGAUUCUGCCUGUCUUCUUUCCUUCUGGCACCUGUCCCCACCCCCUUCCGGAGAGCCCCAGACCCAUCCUGCCCUCCUCUCUGCAGCCUCCACCCUUCUGGGCUCCCCAGGCUAACAGCGGGGGCUCCAACCUGGGGCAUGGACAGUGAAGCCACAGCUUUCCCCCAUAUUUUUAUAAUAAUGAACCUGAACAAAACCUGGAUGAACUGCCCCCCUCCCCAGAUGAUGUCUGGAAAUACCCUCGUCUGGAUGGUUUCUCAGUGCCCAGUGGUUGGGUUUCUCUUUGCUUCCCCUGAGAUGAUGUUAGACUGGGGCAGGAGUCGGGGGCACGGGGGCCACUGGUAUUUUCUGUAGUUAGAAAGUCAUGCGUGCCUGGAGGUGCCCCAUCUCACCCUCCACACCCAACAGGAGGGAAUCCGGCAUAUGGUAGACGCAUCAGCACUGGUUUUGGUAUUCAGGGGUCAGCACAUUUGUUAAUUUAAACCACAAACUGCUUCUGGGUACAAAGGUGCAAUCUGGCUUCUGGUUUGCAAGGGGAUAGGGGUCGGAAAAAACCCAAAAAGUGUCUUCCAGAGCGGGCACAGGCUCUGUUACCUGCUUCCAAGUUCAGGCGCGCUGGUGGCAGGACCCUGGACAUAAAACUGCAAUUUCUGUAGUCAUAGAAAUGUCACUGGUGAGAGCCUUACAUCACCUGUUAAACAUGGCUGCCUUUGAAUA